CCACAUCUCCCACCAUUUGCGCUGGGCAACAUCAAUUUUCAAACAACCUACCUUACCUUCAGCACAACCCACCUAGAACAGAACACUCCAGCACAGUUUACUCGGGACAGCCUUAUCAUACCGACGAGCUCAUCUCAACAUUAUGGACAAUGCCUCGAAAGACGCCACAAGUCAGCCUUCACCCGUGUCCGAAGUCACACAACUUGCGUAUAUGCCUGAUGUAGUGGUCCUCAACAUGGUUGACAUGCUGCUCAACGAUGACGAUAUUUCUGGGUAUUUGGAGAGCGACGAAGAACGCUCCGACGUCUGGACCGCCGCCAGCUCGGAGGGUAGACGCAGCUGGGGAGUGCAGAACGCCAUCAACUUAGCGAAAGUUAGCACGCGAUUCUACAACAUCGUUAGCCCAGCAGUCUUCAGACACGACAUUCAGCAUCGUUUCGCAUCCUCCUUGCUACUAUCGGCCAAAAGAAACAACCUCGACGGUGUUUCAGCUUCACUUCGCCACGGCGCCAAUAUCAAUCAGACUGAUCAAUCGUUGAUGCAUAUCGAAGAAAGGGAAAUCAUGGAGGAACAUCGAUUCGAAUGCUUGUUACUUCCGGUGAAAACAUUCCUGACCGCACUGCAUUGGGCUUCAUUGUACGGAUACAAAGAUCUGGUACAUCAUCUCCUCAAAUCUGGCGCCGAUGUCCAACACAGAGCCGACCUGGGCUUCUAUCACUACUCCGCCCGCGACCCGUGGGAACAUGAAAGCUGCUUGAGGGAGUAUGAAACCGACAUGGAAGACCCUCAACGAGCUUUGUUCUGCGCGACGAAGGCAGAAUACCUGAACUCGAUGUAUCGGAGCUCCGCCCAAAGCCAAGAACCAUUACCUUUGCCAAUGGGCGCCAACCCGCUGUUCUUCGCCUUGAGAGGCAGUUUUGACAGCGAGAACCGCGCGUUGUGGGAGGUAACUUCCACAACACACCUCGCAUUGGGUAUGAAGCCUUUUUUAGCCGACGACACAAGUGGCUCGCGUCUCGAGAUUGUCAAGGCUUUGAUCAAGGCCGGAUCGUCCCUGGUUACUCGCGAGAAAGACAAGGUCCAUGCACUACACCAAGCCUGUGCCUAUCGAGACGUCGGCGUGGUUCGCUUUCUCCUGAAAGAAGUAGGAGUCGAUUCCAAUACAGAAGAUUCAAAAGGCGACACUCCUCUACACUACAUGGCGGCCAAUCAGCAUCACCCAAUGUAUGCCCCCGUGGAAAGUAGCCACGAGCCCAGACGACGUACGCAAGAGAUUGUGAACCUACUCAUCGAUAGAGGGGCAGAUUUGGUUCGCCAAAAUAUCGACGGAAAAACUCCGACUGACUGCGGCUUGCUUCUAAUCCACGGCAACAGGGUAAAGGGAGAGGUGCUUGGUCCAUUGAUGUUAUGCGUUUGACUACCUAAGGACUGUUUCUUGCCAUCAAGCGAGCACCAAACUCCGCAGACAAGAGGUCGAAUGAAUAGAGGCAAAUAAAAACAAUAAAAUCUACUUAACUAUAAA